UAAAUGAACUUCCAGCUUCUCCUCCAUUGAGCUGUUUGUUCUGGACGAACUGACGCGGCGCACAGGCGGCGACAGAGAGCUUAACUCCGGGGUGAAACCAAGAGGUGGACGGUGAAAGUGAAAGGAGAAGAGAAAGAGAGAGAAAGAGAGAGAGAGACACAGAGAGACAGAGAGAGACACAGAGAGAGAGAGAGAGAGAGAGAGAGACCCCGGGUCUGGCUUGGAGGCAGCAGCGGCUCAGCAGACUCAGACAUGGCGAACAUCGCGGUCCAGAGGAUCAAGCGGGAGUUCAAAGAAGUUCUCAAAAGCGAAGAGACGAGUAAAAACCAGAUAAAAGUAGAUCUGGUGGAUGAGAACUUCACGGAGCUGAGGGGGGAGAUAGCAGGUCCUCCUGAUACACCAUAUGAAGGUGGCAGAUUUCAGCUUGAAAUAAAAAUCCCAGAAACCUAUCCCUUCAACCCUCCAAAGGUGCGUUUCAUCACUCGGAUCUGGCACCCUAAUAUCAGUUCUGUGACGGGAGCAAUAUGUCUGGACAUUUUAAAAGACCAGUGGGCAGCUGCCAUGACCCUACGGACGGUUCUGCUGUCUCUACAGGCUCUCCUCGCCGCAGCAGAACCAGAUGAUCCGCAAGAUGCAGUAGUAGCCAACCAGUACAAGCAGAACCCAGAGAUGUUCAAACAGACUGCGAGGCUGUGGUCUCACGUCUACGCAGGCGCCCCUGUCUCCAAUGCCGACUACACCCACAAAAUAGACAAACUCCGUGCGAUGGGCUUUGAUAAGAAUGCAGUAAUAGCGGCCUUGUCUUCAAAAUCCUGGGACGUGGAAACGGCAACGGAGCUGCUGCUCAGCAACUGAAACUCAGCCAGAUUGUUGUUUCGGGAUGGCUCAGCCAAAGUCCUGGCCCUAAUGGGAAAGGAAGUGACAGCCAGUUCAGGCCCCUGAAGGUCAUCACAUGCCACCUUUUUUUCUUGUCUGAUUGUCCUUGCAUGUUCUCGGCUGCCUUUUAAUUUUCAUUUGGCCAAAUGAUGUGGUGAUGGGGGGG